AAAAUGUGCGUUAUCCGAAUUGAAGUCGUACGAUCAUUUGUCGUUAAUCUCAAUUGGUGGUAUAUUAACUCAUAAAUACUUUCGUAAAUUGUUUUGUGCUCGUAUAUAAUGUGCAUGGAAAUAAAACUCACGAAUGGAGAGUCUUUCUGCCACUUUUAUCAAAACCUCUCCUCAGUUCAUUCUCGACCGUUGUGAGAAGCAGUACAGCUUUCGAACAAUUAACAAUCUCAUCUAUUAGUUUGAUAGAAAUAAUAAUUUUUUUUGUGCUAAAUGUUUAGAUUUAUAGUGUUUUCACUGCUGAAUGAGGUGUUUUGAUUGCUGCUGCGCAGACCAUCAUCUCUUCGGCAUAAAACUGCCCACGGGAUUUACCUGGAUUCACGUGACGAAGUGCUAGAUAAUGAAGGAAGAUCAAGUUGCUGAAAUUCAGAAAUCCACAGCCCAAUUGGUGAAUUCUCAAUCAACAGACACUGUCAACAGAGACAAUGUCGAGAGUGACGUCACAUGGAAGUUUUGGAAGACCAGGCGAUACAUCGUGGUCCUUAUGGCCUUCCUGGGUUUCUUCAAUGUCUACGGUUUGAGGGUGAAUCUCAGUGUAGCAAUAGUGGCAAUGACUGAGAAGUUCAAUGUAACUCUCGAAAAUGGAACAAUCAUUGAGGAUCAGCACUUUGACUGGGACUCUAAGCAGCAAGGGCUAAUCCUCUCCUCCUUCUUCUAUGGCUACAUCUGGACCCAGCUUCUUGGCGGGUAUCUUGGUUCAAAGUUUGGAGGACACUAUGUGUUUGGAGCCGGAAUUGGCAUGACAGCCUUCCUCACUCUUCUCACGCCCGUUGCAGCUAAUGCCAGCAUUUACGUGAUGGUGGCCAUUCGUGUAAUUGAGGGCAUAUUCGAAGGGGUUACUUAUCCGUGUAUUCACGCAAUUUGGGCUCGUUGGGCUCCAGUCUAUGAGAGAUCCCGGAUGUCCAGUAUAGCUUAUGCAGGAAGCUAUGCUGGAACCGUGAUUGCAAUGCCCCUGUCUGGACUCCUUGCACAAUACUGGGGUUGGGAAAGUGUCUUCUACGUCUCAGGAGCUAUAGGCUGUUUGUGGUGCUUAGCGUGGCUAUUGAUCGUUAAAGCUAGUCCUGGGCGAGACCCUUACAUUUCUGAGAAUGAGAAGAGGUACAUCCAGAGCAGUAUUGGAGAUCUGGCCAGUCAAAAAAUCCAUCAUCCUUGGAAAUCUAUUGUUACAUCUACCGGAGUUUGGGCAAUUGUUGCAGCAAACUUUGCAGAAACUUGGGGAGCUUAUACUUACCUAACUCAAUUACCUACGUUCCUUAGAGACACUCUAAACUUUGAUCUGGGAUCUACCGGAUUUCUAGCUGCCCUGCCCUAUCUAAUGAUGAUUUGCCUUAUGGGACUAUCCGGUUAUGCAGCCGAUACUCUCCAGGAAAGGCAAAUCCUCAGGACUCGCCAAGUAAGGAGGUACUUCAUCUGUUUCGGUUUUGUCAUCCAGAUAGCCUUCUUAAUGCUCACGGCUUAUCUGGUGAACCCUAAUGGCGUUGUGGCUUGUAUUGUGAUUGCUGUUGGGCUCAGUGCCCUCACUAUGUCCGGAUUUUUAGCGAAUCCCCUUGAUUUAGCGCCAAAUCACGCAUCAGUAAUUUUGGGCUUCUCGAACACAAUGGGCACCGUUCCGGGUAUCGUUAGUCCCCUACUCACGGGAUAUAUCGUCACUGAUAAGACUAAAGAACAGUGGCGAAUAGUUUUCUUCAUCACGAGUGGAGUCUUUGCCACGGGAUGUGUUCUGUAUUGGCUACUGGCCAAGGGUGAACUGCAGCCAUGGGCACAGCAGACCCAUAAAUUGUCCCACGUGGAAAAUCAAUCAUCCAAGGAGGAUGCAAAUGAGACAGUAACAAAAAACGGAAGUGUUGAAGUGAAUCACGCUUGAAAUGAGAGGAAAUAGAAGAACAAUUGAGACUGAUGUUGGUGUUAUUUUCUCAUAAUUCAGAGCAGACUAUUGUCUCAUGAUAUGAAGUUAUGUAGGGGAUAAUCCCCAAAUUUCCAUAAAAAAUCUGAACUAUACCUUGCAAUACUUAGUAUUUGCAAAUUCAUUAUUUAAAACUAAGUUGUAAUCAAAUAUUAAAAAUAAAGUACAAAAGUUUAUUUCUA